UUCAGUCUAUCGUACUGAAUUUAAGUUUAAUCAACAUAAUAGAGAUGCGUAUGCUAUUAAGACCAGGAACUAUCUUUCGCAAGGAUACAAAACCUUAUCGUGUCUUCACCUUUUGUAAGAAUCUAUCAUCUUUGUCUGAUAAUAGUGAGAAGCCUAAAACUUUCGAUGGUAAUAAUAACAGACAAGUUAUUGACGAGAUUUGCAAUGUUUUGGAGAGUAGUUCAUGGGGCCCAUCAUCUGAAACCACUCUCACCGCUCUAAACUUUCCUCCUCAACCAGAGUUCGUCAUUAGUGUAUUACGUCGUCUGAAAGACGUCAACAUCGCAAUUGAUUACUUCAAAUGGUUCGAGAGAAGAACCGAGCUGCCUCACUGUCCUGAAUCCUACAACUCAUUGCUCUCACUGAUGUCUCGUUGCGGAAAUUUUAAUGCUUUGGAACAGAUUCUUGGAGAAAUGAGUGUUGCAGGGUUUGGACCAUCUGUCAACACUUGUAUCGAGAUGGUUUCGAGCUGCGUUAGAGUUAAUAAGCUUAAGGAAGGGUUUGAUGUAUUGCAGAUGAUGAGGAAGUUUAAGUUCCGACCUGCUUUCUCAGCUUACACAACUCUCAUCGGUGCUUUCUCAGCGGCUAAUAAUAAGUCUGAUAUGAUGUUGACUCUCUUUCAGCAGAUGCAGGAGUUAGGAUAUGAGCCAACGGUUCAUUUGUUCACGACGUUGAUUCGUGGGUUCGCUAGAGAAGGGAGAGUUGACUCUGCUUUGUCCUUGCUUGAUGAGAUGAAGAGCAGCUCACUUGAUGCUGACAUUGUUCUUUACAAUGUGUGUAUUGAUUGUUUUGGUAAAGUGGGGAAAGUUGAUAUGGCGUGGAAGUUUUUUCAUGAGAUGGAAGCGAAUGGUUUGAAGCCUGAUGAAGUCACUUACACUAGUAUGAUAGGAGUUUUGUGUAAGGCUAAUAGAUUGGAUGAAGCUGUGGAGAUGUUUGAGCAUUUGGAGAAGAGUAGACGCGUCCCUUGCACUUAUGCUUACAACACAAUGAUUAUGGGUUAUGGUUGGGCUGGGAAAUUUGAGGAAGCGUACAGUUUGUUAGAGAGACAAAGAGCUAAAGGGUCUAUACCGAGUGUGAUUGCAUAUAAUUGCAUUCUCACAUCCUUAAGGAGAAUGGGGAGAGUGGAUGAAGCGUUGAGAGUGUUUGAGGAGAUGAAGAAAGACGCUGCACCGAAUCUUUCAACUUAUAACAUUCUCAUUGACAUGCUGUGUAGAGCUGGUAAGCUUGAUUGUGCCUUUGAGCUGCGUGAUUCUAUGGAGAAAGCUGGUUUGUUUCCUAAUGUUAGGACUGUGAACAUAAUGGUUGAUCGGCUAUGUAAAGCACAGAAGCUUGAUGAAGCUUGUGCUAUAUUUGAGGAGAUGGAUUAUAAGGUUUGUACACCAGAUGAGAUUACGUUUUGCUCGCUUAUAGAUGGUUUAGGGAAGGUGGGAAGAGUUGAUGACGCUUAUAAAAUCUACGAGAAGAUGUUGGAUGCUGAGUGUAGGCCUAACUCUAUUGUUUACACAUCUCUCAUAAGGAGCUUUUUCAACAAUGGUAGAAAAGAAGAUGGACACAAGAUAUACAAAGAGAUGAUGAUUAGUCAAAAAUGUUCACCUGAUUUGCAGUUUCUUAAUACAUACAUGGAUUGCAUGUUCAAGGCUGGUGAGCCUGAAAAGGGAAGAGCCAUGUUUGAGGAGAUAAAAGCUCGUGGUUUUGUCCCCGAUGCUCGUAGCUACUCGAUCUUGAUUCAUGGACUGAUCAAAGCAGGGUUUGCUAAUGAAACUCACGAGUUGUUUUACUCCAUGAAAGAGCAAGGCUGUGUGUUGGACACACGUGCUUAUAACAUUGUCAUUGACGGUUUCUGCAAGUGUGGGAAAGUUAACAAAGCUUAUCAGCUACUGGAGGAGAUGAAGACAAUGGGUUUUGAACCAACUGUUGUUACGUAUGGUUCAGUCAUUGAUGGACUUGCUAAGAUAGAUCGGCUUGAUGAAGCUUAUAUGCUCUUUGAGGAAGCAAAGUCAAAGAGAAUAGAGCUAAACGUGGUGAUUUACAGUAGUCUUAUUGACGGGUUUGGGAAAGUAGGAAGGAUUGAUGAAGCUUACCUUAUCUUGGAGGAGCUUAUGCAGAAAGGGUUAACACCUAAUGUUUAUACAUGGAACUCAUUACUUGAUGCGUUGGUGAAAGCUGAGGAAAUCAACGAAGCCUUGGCCUGUUUUCAGUCGUUGAAAGAAAUGAAAUGCACUCCAAACCAAGUUACUUACGGUAUACUAAUAAACGGUCUCUGUAAGGUCAGGAAGUUCAAUAAAGCCUUUGUCUUUUGGCAAGAGAUGCAGAAACAAGGGAUGAAGCCAAGCACUGUUUCAUACACCACCAUGAUUUCAGGACUUGCAAAGGCUGGGAAUAUUGCAGAGGCUGGUUCAUUGUUUGAUCGGUUCAAGGCUAAUGGUGGCGUUCCAGACUCUGCUUGUUAUAAUGCUAUGAUCGAAGGUCUGAGUAAUGGAAACAGGGCAAUUGAUGCUUUUGCGUUAUUUGAGGAAACACGUAGGAAAGGAUUGAAUAUUCAUAGUAAAACUUGCGUUGUGCUUUUGGAUACUUUGCAUAAGAAUGAUUGUCUUGAGCAAGCAGCUAUUGUUGGAGCUGUUUUGAGGGAAACGGGAAAGGCAAAGCAUGCUGCACGAUCUUGGUAGGGAGUAAUUACUUCUUUGGUUGUAUAGGACAAACAAGAAGACGUUCUUGGUUGUGUCUGAUACCAGUCAAGUGGUGAUUCUGAACGUUUUUGAUCUACAAGAAUCCCAAGUUUUUGGAGAUGAUAAUGUUUUUGACUUUGAGUAAAUCAUCACUGGAAGAGCGAGCUCCUUAUACAUUUGAAGAAGCAGAAAGUUUAAGAAGAAUGAUAUUAGCAAUGAAUUUCUUAGUCUUGUCAACUGUAGUAUAACACAUAGCAUGAGUUUGAUCUGUUAUGAUCCUAUCCUGAGCUUGAAAGCCUACUUAUUGUAUUACUUUGGAUGAAUGAUCUGAAGGUUUUGUUAGACGAGAGAUAAUAGAAUUCAUCUUACGCUCACA